GUCAUCAGCCGGCGCCAGCGGCCGCACGCCGCGGAGUAAGGGCUUAGAGGUUCUGGGUUGCCGGUGCUCGACCACGCGGGUGGGAAAGGAGCUGGGACUCGAACGGUGUUCACCGCUUCUCGGCGCCGCCAUGCAAGUCUCCAGCCUCAACGAGGUGAAGAUCUACAGUCUCAGCUGCGGCAAGUCCCUUCCUGAGUGGCUUUCUGAUAGGAAGAAGAGAGCACUACAGAAGAAAGAUGUAGAUGUCCGUAGGAGAAUUGAACUUAUUCAGGAUUUUGAAAUGCCCACUGUAUGUACCACUAUUAAGGUGUCAAAAGAUGGACAGUACAUUUUAGCAACUGGAACAUAUAAACCUCGGGUUCGAUGUUAUGACACCUAUCAAUUAUCCUUGAAGUUUGAAAGGUGUUUAGAUUCAGAAGUUGUCACUUUUGAAAUUUUGUCUGAUGACUACUCAAAGAUCGUCUUCUUACAUAAUGAUAGAUACAUUGAAUUUCAUUCGCAAUCAGGUUUUUACUACAAAACCAGAAUACCGAAGUUUGGGAGAGAUUUCUCUUACCACUAUCCAUCCUGUGACUUGUACUUUGUUGGUGCAAGUUCUGAAGUUUAUAGGUUAAACUUAGAACAAGGACGAUACCUGAAUCCACUACAAACUGAUGCUGCGGAGAAUAAUGUUUGUGACAUAAAUUCAGUGCAUGGCUUGUUUGCCACAGGAACCAUAGAGGGUAGAGUGGAGUGCUGGGACCCAAGAACUCGAAACAGAGUUGGUCUGUUAGACUGUGCGUUAAACAGUGUCACAGCAGAUUCAGAGAUAAACAGCUUACCAACAAUCUCUGCUUUGAAAUUUAAUGGUGCCUUGACCAUGGCAGUUGGAACAUCCACAGGGCAGGUUUUAUUAUAUGAUCUUCGAUCUGAUAAGCCAUUGCUAGUCAAAGAUCACCAGUAUGGGCUGCCCAUUAAGUCCGUUCAUUUCCAGGAUUCAUUGGAUCUGAUUUUGUCUGCUGACUCUCGAAUUAUCAAGAUGUGGAAUAAGAACUCCGGAAAAAUAUUUACUUCCUUGGAGCCAGAGCAUGACCUUAAUGAUGUUUGUCUCUACCCCAACUCAGGCAUGCUUCUUACGGCCAAUGAAACCCCCAAGAUGGGCAUCUAUUACAUUCCGGUUUUGGGUCCUGCUCCUCGGUGGUGUUCCUUCUUAGACAACUUGACCGAAGAAUUAGAAGAGAAUCCAGAAAGCACAGUCUAUGAUGAUUACAAAUUUGUCACCAAGAAAGACCUUGAAAAUUUAGGGCUCACACACCUCGUUGGCUCGCCUUUCCUCCGGGCAUAUAUGCAUGGGUUUUUCAUGGAUAUAAGACUCUAUCACAAGGUGAAACUGAUGGUAAAUCCAUUUGCUUAUGAAGAAUAUAGGAAAGAUAAAAUACGACAGAAAAUAGAAGAAACACGUGCACAGAGAGUCCAGUUGAAGAAAUUGCCAAAAGUUAACAAAGAGCUGGCACUUAAAUUAAUUGAGGAAGAAGAGGAGAAACAAAAGUCUUCGUGGAAGAAGAAAGCUAAGAGUCUUCCUAAUAUUCUCACUGAUGAUCGAUUUAAAGUUAUGUUUGAGAACCCUGACUUCCAAGUAGAUGAAGAGAGUGAAGAAUUCAGGCUUCUGAAUCCACUUGUUUCAAAAAUUAGCGAAAAAAGGAAGAAGAAACUAAGACUCUUAGAGCAACAGGAACAUCGUGAAAAAGAAGAGGAGGAAGAGCCGGAAGGAAAACCGAGUGAUGCAGAAAGUUCAGAGAGUUCAGAUGAUGAAAAGGCCUGGGUCGAAGAGGUCAGGAAGCAGCGCAGACUCCUCCAGCAGGAGGAAAAAGUGAAGCGGCAGGAGCGACUCAAGGAGGACCAGCAGACAGUCCUAAAGCCCCAGUUUUAUGAGAUCAAAGCAGGAGAAGAAUUUAGAAACUUCAAAGAUUCCGCCACAAAGCAGAAACUGAUGAACAAAACCCUUGAGGAUCGUUUGAAGAUUGAAGCAAAAAAUGGGACGUUGAGUGUAUCUGAUACCACUGUUGGCAGCAAACAGUUGACAUUCACAUUAAAGAGGUCUGAACAGCAGAAGAAGCAACAGGAGGCUGAGAAACUGCAUCGACAAGAAAGGAAAAGACUCCGCCGUUCAGCCGGACACCUGAAGUCAAGACACAGAAGAGGACGGUCAUUUCAUUGAUUUUGGAAGUGAUCCUGCCUGUGAUUAGGGAGGGGUACAGCUCCCCCAAACUGAUCAUCAUUAAACACAGACAAGGGAACACACAUUUUUAAAGUUCCAUUAGAGUUCCUUACCUUUGUAAGGAAAUUCUCAUACACAGAGGUAAAGAUUUGAAAAUCUGUGCCUUGUGGAUUAGACUUUGAAGCUGGGUCUCAAUGACUGACCGCUGCGUGGCCCCAAGGGUGCGCUUGUAAGUCACGGCUCUAUAAACGUCAUUUUCCCCAUCAUUUUCAUCAUGUAAACCAGGUUUUGUUUUUUGUUUUUUUAAUGUUGUGAAAUGUACACCAUGAAAUGAAAGGUUUAUCCUGUGCCAAAACUCAAGAUUGAUAAUGCUCUAGGAACUUACUGCCUACUGCCAUUCAUGAUUAAAUCAUCCAGAAGUA